AUGUUCCCCGCUCCCCCCCCAUUCCCCCCUCCUCCCCCCGCAUCAGCGGAGGAGUCCCCCCGUCCCCCUGACGCCAAGCGUCUGCGCAGAUGGAGCGCGUCCAAAACUUCUGCAGAUGGAGCCACCACUUCUGCCGCCACCACUCCUACCGCUGCCGCCGCUCCUGCCACUGCACCAGCAGCCACAGCCGCAGGCGGCGCGGGGGAAACAGGCAAGGCUGCUGGAACGGGCGUGUCCGCACCAGUGUCUGCUGCUGCACCAGGCAAGGCAGCAGAGGCAGGAGACGGAGCAGCAGCAGCAGGGAAGGCGGGAUCUGGGGCAGGUGGUGGUGACGGCGCAGCGGGAGCAAGGGCUGUGCCGGGGGGAGGAAUGGCGCGCAGCAGCAGUGACGGGAAAGGGGGUGCUGUGGGUGCCGCCGCAGCUGCUGCUGGUGCCGCUGCUGGUGGUAACCGUAUAGUGAAGUCGCUCAGUGGACGUGGCAGCGGGCGAUUGGUUGGGGCUGGAGCGAGGGAGGCUGCACAAGAGAAAGAAGAUGCGCCGCCGCCAGUGGAGGCGGUGACAGAGUCACUGCGCAUAGACAACUUUGUGCGCCCCUUCACGCAGCAGCAGGUGAAGGACCUGCUCGCCAGCAACGGCCGCUCGCUGCAGCACUACUGGAUGGACGCCAUUCGCACCCACUGCUACGUCACCUUUGCAUCGGUGGAAGAGGCAAAGGCAGCGCGGUCGGAGGUGUGGGGUUUGCGCUUCCCCUUGAGGGGAGGCAACCUGCUCACAGCCAGAUUUGUGUCCAAAGAGGAGCGCGGCAUGGAUCCCCUUGACAACGCUUCGGACCCGGCGAUACCAGCGAGAGGGAGCAGACCUGGUAGCCGCGGGGGGAGCCGGCCUGGCAGUCGUCCCGGCAGUCGUUCGGGCAGCCGGGCCGGCAGCUUAAGCGGCAGCCCGCGCCACUCGCGGAGCCGUUCCAGCGUGUCUAUUGGAAGCGAUAGCCUCGGCACGCCCGACGGCUCCCCAACGUCUUCUUCCGCCGCGGGGGCGGCGCACCGCGCGAAAUUCAGCCCGGAGCGCCGGCGAGGCGCAAUCAUGGUGCGCGACACUAGUGUGACGGGAAUAUCACGGCCCUCGUCGUCCGCUUCUUCGCGCAACGCACGGCUGGACCGACCUCCGCCACUGGUGCGACCAAUAAGCGACCCAGAGACUCUUGACGUGGAUCUGCAAAGCCCUUCGUCAGACGACGAGAUCGGAGACGUUGAUCUGAUAGCCUACUCUUCGGGCCCGCGACCGCUGCAGCCAACUACCUCGGGAAUACCGUCGUCUCCGCCUCCUCUUCUCGCUGACCCGCCCAUCGGCGCGGAUUAUUUCUUCGGCAAACCCAACUCUAUCGGCUCCGGAGACGGCGGCUCGGCUGCUGGCGGUGGAGGCCCCAAGUUCCCGCCGUUGAACGGGCGCGGAGGACGGCCAAUAGCGAACAAGCCAACGCUUGUCAUCCCGCCUGUGAUGAUCGACGGCGUGACGGUCCCGUCGCCCUCGCCGCAAGAAGCGUCGCCUGACCCGGAAGAUAUGGCCCCGUCUCCCGCGCCGCUCUUCCAUUGGCCGUUCGCCACUAACAUGCCGAUCAUCUCGCCCGGUUUCACGCAUCAAUCCGUGCAACAGCAGGCUCCCGGUUCCGCCGGGUUCACUCGCGGCGCGGCAACCCGUGCGGACGCGCUUGCGGCGGCCGCCGCCAUUGUCGCAGGCCUCGGGGACGACACGAUCGAAGGCGGGGGACCCAUCGCUGCGCCGCCAGCGCUUCCACGGACGUUGUCGCGAGAAAUGUCGCGCGAGCUCUCCCGCGGACUGUCCCGCAGCGGCGGCGGCGGCGGCGGGAUGGGGGAGAUGGGCGGAGGGCUGCAGCGGCAGCUCUCGCGCGCGCUGUCGACGGAACUGUGGGACAUUCCGCUUUCCACCGUGCCGUCGAUCUUCUUCUCCGCCACUCCGCGCCGCCAAGCGGCCCCCCCGCCGCCGGUCAACAUUGGCGCGACAGUCGCGGCUGACAGCAGCAAGGCGCAAGUGAGUGGCGCACUCCGCGGGUGCAGACACUACCACUAG